GUGUGUGUGUGUCAGGGUGUCGUGGGGCGUGCGCGUGUGUGCGCGUGUGUGUGUGCAUGAGUGUGCGGCGUGCGGGGCUCCUGCGCUCCGUUGGCGGCCGCCGCCGGGGAAGGACGGACGGACGGCGCUUGCUGCUACGGCGAGCGGUUCCCGGGCAUCCCGGCGCGGCCCGGGCGCGAGCGGAGCGCGCCUGGCUGGCCGCCGGCCUCCGGAAGGUCUCGCCGCGUCCCCCCUGGGCUGGAUAUGUCCGUGUUCACGUGAAGAUGGAUUUAGUGUACGGGCUCGUGUGGCUGCUGACAGUCCUCCUGGAGGGGAUCUCCGGCCAAGGAGUCUACGCUCCUCCCACGGUCCGUAUCGUGCACUCAGGCUUGGCCUGUAACAUUGAGGAGGAGCGCUACUCAGAAAGGGUCUACACCAUACGGGAAGGAGAAACCCUGGAAUUGACGUGUCUGGUCACAGGACAUCCACGUCCACAGAUCAGGUGGACCAAAACAGCAGGAAGUGCCUCUGACAGAUUCCAAGACUCAAGUGUCUUCAAUGAGACUUUGAGGAUUACAAAUAUUCAGCGACACCAAGGAGGCCGGUAUUACUGUAAAGCAGAAAAUGGCUUGGGGUCCCCAGCGAUAAAGUCAAUCAGAGUGGAUGUGUACUAUUUGGAUGACCCUGUAGUAACUGUUCAUCAAAGUAUAGGUGAAGCUAAAGAACAAUUUUAUUAUGAAAGAACAGUGUUCCUCCGGUGUGUGGCCAAUUCCAACCCGCCUGUUCGGUAUAGCUGGAGACGCGGCCAGGAGGUGUUACUGCAAGGAUCUGAUAAAGGGGUUGAGAUUUAUGAACCCUUCUUUACCCAGGGUGAAACAAAGAUCUUAAAACUAAAGAAUCUUCGACCUCAGGACUAUGCUAACUAUAGCUGCAUUGCUUCAGUGAGAAAUGUAUGUAAUAUCCCUGAUAAGAUGGUAUCGUUUAGACUGUCUAAUAAAACAGCAUCUCCGUCAAUCAAACUCUUGGUGGAUGACCCUAUAAUUGUGAAUCCUGGAGAGGCCAUCACAUUAGUAUGUGUGACAACAGGAGGGGAGCCUGCACCUUCUCUCACCUGGGUCAGGUCCUUCAGGAUUUUGCCCGAAAAGACUGUUCUGAAUGGAGGAACUUUGACCAUACCUGCCAUCACCUCAGAAGAUGCUGGUACUUACAGUUGCAUUGCCAAUAAUAAUGUGGGAAACCCAGCCAAAAAGUCCACCAACAUCAUUGUGCGAGCAUUAAAAAAAGGACGGUUUUGGAUCACACCAGAUCCUUAUCACAAAGAUGACAACAUCCAGAUUGGGCGUGAGGUGAAAAUAUCUUGCCAAGUAGAAGCUGUUCCUUCUGAGGAGCUAACAUUUAGUUGGUUUAAAAAUGGUCGUCCAUUAAGAAGUUCUGAGCGGAUGGUUAUUACACAGACUGAUCCUGAUGUCUCCCCGGGAACAACAAACUUGGACAUCAUUGAUUUAAAAUUCACGGAUUUUGGGACAUACACAUGUGUAGCAUCUCUGAAGGGAGGAGGAAUAUCUGAUAUCAGUAUUGAUGUUAAUAUAUCCAGCAGCACAGUUCCACCCAAUCUGACUGUUCCACAGGAAAAAUCACCAUUGGUCACCAGAGAAGGAGACACGAUAGAAUUGCAAUGUCAAGUAACUGGAAAACCUAAACCGAUCAUCCUUUGGUCUAGAGCGGAUAAAGAAGUUACAAUGCCUGACGGAUCAAUGCAAAUGGAGAGUUAUGAUGGAACACUGAGGAUUGUGAAUGUAUCUCGAGAGAUGUCAGGAAUGUACAGAUGUCAGACCAGCCAAUACAAUGGAUUUAACGUGAAACCAAGGGAAGCCUUGGUGCAGCUCAUCGUUCAGUGUAAGUAA